AUGACGGCAUUGGCGACUGGCUUCAUUCAGGAAGCGAGCGCUGUGGGAGAAUGCGGGAGGAUCCCGAUCAGGUCAGCGUUCGCCAAGCUGAGUCCAUGCCUGGGGGCAGCUAAAGACCCCCAGGCUAAGGUUCCACCCGCCUGCUGCGCCAGAGUCGGCGAGCUCGUUGGUGCCGGUGAUCGAUGCCUGUGCGCUGUCCUUCUCUCCCCUGCAGCGAAGGAGGUCCGGAUCAUCCCUGCCGCGGCUAUCUCGAUUCCCAAGAGAUGCCACAUGAGGAAAUCUAGAAGCGAAUGCCGUCGUGAGUACAAUCUUUCCACUUCGCCGUCCCCGAGGCCCUAA